AUGACCCUGCAGCCUUUUAUCAAAUUGCUCAGCCAACAAGUACCACCAAUCAGCAUGAUGGACUCUCUCUUACAGUCUCAGGCCCUCAAGGCAAUAUUUUCGCAUCACAUGCCAUUUUACCCUGUUGUGUGCGGUAGGAAUGUUGGAAUAUACCUUACCUGGGAAGGGGCAUUUCAGCAAGUGAGCGGACAACAAGUGCGGAAGUUCAAGAAAACUAGGAUGUUUGUUGAGGCUGUUGAGUUCAAGUUCAUGCUCACCAGAGGAAAUGAACGCACACCCACCCAACCAACAUUGCUACCAUUGCACGCUCCAACGUCCCCCACAGAUCCUUCAUGUUCCUUGAGGACAAUGGCAAGACUGUCUGUCACACAGCCCACCAAUCCCGAGCCUUGCCAGAUUUAUUGUUUCAUCCGAUCCCUUGCUGGAGUUGUUGGAGAAGAAUAUGGCCCACCUGAUCCCAGCAUUCAUGACAGUGAAGAAUACCCACCCAGUGGCCUUCUUGGCAUGGCCGCAGAAAAGUACCUUGAUGCUCAUAGCUAUAAGGGCAGUGCCGUCUUUCACAUCCUACUUGCAUUUAAGGAGGCAUACUGUGCGUCGGAUUUUAUCAAGUAUGUCUGCCCAAGGGGCAUGUCUCAGGCUGAGGCCAUUUACAUAUAUGAACUCAUCAGCGGCUCUGAUUUUGGGUAUGAGGAUUACGAAGCUGUGUACUAA